GCGGAGCCGCCAGGAACUGCCCCGGGUUUUCCUGCCCGUCCCGUCCCGUCCCGGCGGGGCGCGGGGCCGGGCGCGGCGGGGCGCAGCCCGGGGACCCCGGCCCGGUAUCGGUUCUGCUUUCGAGGGAGGCGGCGAUUUCGCAGUAACGGGGGGCGGGUGCCACCUGCCCCGGGGAUUCCCCACCUGCCGCCACCCCAUAAGAGCCCGGUGCCGGCGCCGGUGGCGGCACCGACCGGCCAUGGCCCCGCUCCACCGUCUCCACCUCUGCCUCUGCCUCCCGCUGCUGCUGCUGCUGCUGCCGCCCGCGGCCCCGGCCCCGGCCCCGGUCCCGGGCCCCCGCACCGACUGGGCAGCCUGCAAGAACAUCUCCCGGGAGCUGUUGCAGCGGGUGGCGACCCUCAAGGAGCCGCACCAGGUCCUGGAGGAGACACACCUGAGUGAGGAGGACCCCAAGAACUGGCCCCCCCGGAUCCGCUGCAGUGACGCCUGCGACCCCUCCACGCUGGACACCAACAACACGCGCUGCCUGCGGCGGAUCCUCCAGGGGCUGCAGCACUACCGGGACCUGCUGGGCUCCGACAUCUUCACCACCCGCCCCCUGCCCUGGCUGGAGGCCGCACUGGACCAGCUGCUGAGCCUCGUCCAGCAGGAGCACGGCCGCCUCCCCCGGCACCCCAUGGCCCCCAGCGAAGCCUGGGCCCACCCGCUGCUGCAGCGACUGGCGCUCCAGCGGCUCCAGUCCUUCGCCACCAUCAUCAGCCGCAUCUUCACCCACAGCGCCAGCCCCCGCUGAGGCUGGCCUGGCCGUGGCCCCCCCCCCCCCCCCGACUAUUUAUUCCCCUCUGCCCCGAGGGGCU